AUGGAUGUACUGCCGCAGCUCGUCGGCAGCCAAAUGCUGCGAAUUGGCGCCUAUGUGGUCGGCCUCUUCACACUUGCAGUAGUCCUGAAUCUCAUCAGCCAGCUAUUCUUCUACAAGCGUAAUGAGCCUCCAGUUGUCUUCCACUGGGUGCCCUUCAUUGGAAGCACCAUUGGAUAUGGAAUGGAUCCUUACAAAUUCUUCUUUGACAACCGGGCAAAGUACGGAGAUGUUUUCACAUUUAUCCUGCUUGGAUCGAAGACCACUGUCUAUCUUGGAAUGGAUGGAAACGAGUUCGUACUCAAUGGCAAGCUGAAGGAUGUCAAUGCCGAAGAGAUCUAUGGAAAAUUGACCACACCUGUGUUUGGAUCCGACGUUGUUUACGACUGCCCCAACUGGAAACUGAUGGAGCAGAAGAAGUUCGUCAAGUACGGACUCAGCCAACAAGCCCUGGAAUCCUACGUCCCCCUCAUCGAAGACGAAUGCAACCAAUACAUCAAAUCAUCCGGAAAGUUCAAGGGCAACUCAGGCACAGUCGAACUCGGUGACACUAUGGCCGAAAUUACCAUCUACACAUCCGGUCGCACCAUGCAAGGCGAUGAAGUUCGCUCAAAGCUCACCUCGGAAUUCACUGACCUUUUCAACGACUUAGAUGCCGGCUUCCAGCCCAUCAACUUCAUGCUUCCCUGGGCACCACUUCCUCACAACCGUGCACGAGACCGUGCCCAUGGCAAAAUGCGCGAAGUCUACCUGGAAAUUAUCCGCCAACGUCGCGAGGCCCUCAAGAAGGGUGGCCCGCAAAACCAUGAUAUGAUCUGGAACCUGAUGACUUGCUCCUACCGCGAUGGCACCGCCCUUCCCGACAAGGAGAUUGCUCACAUCAUGAUCACCCUCCUUAUGGCCGGCCAACACUCCUCGUCAUCAAUCAGCUGCUGGAUUCUGCUGCGCCUUGCUUCAGAGCCCGAGUUCACUGAGAAGUUGUAUCAGGAACAGGUCAACGCAUUCGGUGCUGACCUCCCAUCUCUCAAGUACAGCGACCUGGACAAGUUGCCUCUGCAUACUGCCGUGAUCAAGGAGACUCUGCGUAUCCACUCCUCCAUCCACUCAAUCAUGCGUAAGGUUAAAAACCCUCUUCCCGUACCCGGAACCAACUACGUUAUCCCCACUUCCCACACAGUGCUUGCAUCGCCUGGUGUAACCUCUCGCGAUGAGAAGUACUUCCCCAACCCCCUGGUCUGGAAUCCACACCGCUGGGAGACCCGUGUCGAGCCCGAAGAGGACACUGAGACAGUGGAUUACGGAUACGGCGCCGUUUCAAAGGGUACUCGCAGCCCAUACCUACCUUUCGGAGCUGGUCGUCACCGCUGUAUUGGAGAGAAAUUCGCCUACAUGAACCUCCAAGUCAUCAUUGCCACAUUUGUACGCAACUUCAAGUUCUUUACCGUUGACGGUAAGGUCGGUGUUCCAGAGACGGAUUAUAAGACUCUCUUUUCCCGGCCUAUCCAACCUGCUACAGUGCGGUGGGAAAAGCGCAACUAG